GCUGCGGCGGGGGUGGCGUGGGCCGCGGUCCCUGCAACUUGUUUACGGGCACCCGGUGUGGCCGGGGUCGGCGGGAUCCGGGUCCAGCCUGGCGCCGCGUGCGAGCGGCGUUGCGGGAUCAUGGCUGUAUUUCCCUUUUGCACACUCGCGUCCUGGGCCCUGCGGGGCCGGCCUCGCGGUGUGGCGGCGAGCGGGGGAAGUAGAGGCCGGCGGGGGUGGGGAUCGUGAAGCGCAGGACCGGGCAUCCGCCGCGCGCCCCGCCGCCCGGCCGGGGGGAGGAGGCAAAGUUGAGCGCGGCGGGGCGAGGGGCACUGGCGGCCGCGCGGGGACUGGAGGGAAAACUUUAAUCACCUGAGCGAGGAGACCCAAAACCAAAAUAAAGGGGGGGAUACGAUCUGAAUCCCGAGAGCCGAUCCCCGCGCGGCCCACGGCGCGACCGUGAGAGAAAGUUGGACCGUGUGGCGGCUUCCUCCCCGCGGGGUUCGCGGGGUCUGUGUGUCCGUCGGUCUGCGCUCUCAGACGGCUGGGGUGGGGGGACCCGGCCUCCUGCCCCACCCUUCCACGGGGACACGGAGAUCCUUGAGAGAAGUCUUGGGGGUACACAACAGUUGUGACGGCCACCAGACAGUUCCAUCUUUCGUCACUGCCACGAGGUUAAAACAUAAAUCAUGACUGAAUCUGCCUCUAGCACAAGUGGUCAAGAGUUUGAUGUAUUCAGUGUUAUGGACUGGAAAGAUGGAGUUGGUACCUUACCAGGAAGUGACUUAAAGUUUCGGGUAAAUGAGUUUGGAGCCCUGGAAGUCAUUACAGAUGAAAGUGAAAUGGAAAGUGUUAAGAAGGCCACUGCCACCACCACUUGGAUGGUUCCAACUGCUCAAGAAGUUGUAACUAACACCUAUAUGCUGAUGACUCCUAAAUCUAUAUCUCCAGCCCCGACCUCUCCCCUGAGCUCCAGGCCCGUAUUUCCACCUGCCUACUGGACAUCUCCACCUGGAUGUCCCACAGUCUUUUCAGAAAAAACUGGGGUGCCAUUCAGGUUGAAGGAUCCAGCAAAAGUAGAUGGGCUUCAAUUUUGUGAGAACUGUUGUCAGUAUGGCAAUGUAGAUGAGUGUCUUUCUGGAGGAAGCUAUUGCAGCCAGAACUGUGCUCGCCAUGUCAAAGACAAGUAUUGUUUCCUGUCACUGUUUUGGGGUUAUAAACACAACAGAGAUCAGAAGGAAGAAAAGGACCUAGGCGAAGAUAAUGAGGAAGAGGAUUCCAAGUGUAGUCGGAAGAAAAAACCAAAAUUAUCUUUGAAAGCUGACUCCAAGGAGGAUGGAGACGAGAGAGAUGAUGAAAUGGAGAACAAACAAGAUGGAAGGAUCCUGAGGGGUUCCCAGAGAACCCGAAGGAAAAGACGAGGGGAUUCAGCUGUCUUAAAGCAGGGUUUGCCUCCUAAAGGCAAGAAAGCUUGGUGCUGGGCAUCCUACUUAGAAGAGGAGAAAGCAGUGGCAGUGCCUGCAAAGCUGUUCAGAGAGCACCAGUCCUUUCCAUACAACAAAAAUGGAUUCAAAGUGGGCAUGAAGUUAGAAGGUGUGGACCCUGAGCAUCAGUCUGUGUACUGUGUCCUCACUGUGGCUGAGGUUUGUGGCUAUCGGAUAAAGCUUCACUUUGAUGGGUAUUCUGAUUGCUAUGACUUCUGGGUAAAUGCAGAUGCUCUAGAUAUCCACCCAGUGGGAUGGUGUGAGAAAACUGGCCAUAAACUCCAUCCUCCAAAAGGAUAUAAAGAAGAAGAAUUUAAUUGGCAGUCCUAUCUUAAGACAUGCAAAGCCCAGGCUGCUCCCAAGUCAUUAUUUGAAAAUCAGAACAUAACAGUGAUCCCAUCAGGCUUUCGAGUUGGAAUGAAGCUUGAGGCUGUAGACAAAAAGAAUCCUUCAUUCAUCUGUGUUGCUACGGUAACAGAUAUGGUGGACAAUCGUUUCCUGGUACAUUUUGACAAUUGGGAUGAGAGCUAUGACUAUUGGUGUGAAGCAUCCAGUCCACAUAUUCAUCCAGUUGGUUGGUGUAAAGACCAUAGAAGAACCCUUAUUACCCCACCAGGAUACCCAAAUGUGAAACACUUUUCUUGGGAUAAAUACCUAGAAGAAACCAAUUCUUUACCUGCACCUGCAAGAGCUUUCAAAGUGAAACCUCCACAUGGAUUCCAGAAAAAAAUGAAACUUGAGGUUGUAGACAAAAGAAAUCCCUUGUUUGUCAGAGUAUCAACUGUAGCAGACACGGAUGAUCACCGGAUAAAAGUUCACUUUGAUGGCUGGAGUAGUACCUAUGACUACUGGAUAGAUGCUGAUUCUCCUGAUAUUCAUCCUGUAGGCUGGUGUUCCAAAACUGGACAUCCUCUUCAGCCUCCCCUGAGCCCUAUAGAAUUAAUGGAACCAUCAGAAACUGGGGGAUGUCCAACUCUGGGAUGUAAGGGGAUCGGCCAUUUUAAAAAAUCAAGGCACCUAGGCCCACAGAGUGGUGCCACCUGUCCCUAUUCUGAAAUCAACUUGAAUAAAGACCGCAUUUUCCCAGACCGUCUAAGUGGUGAGAUGCCUCCAUCGAGUCCAUCAUUUCCAAGAAAUAAAAGGACAGACACAAAUGAAAGUUCGUCAUCUCCUGAAACCAGAGACCAGCGUGCUGAUGAAGUCAAAGAAAAUUCUGAAGAAAGAACAGAAAGUGAAGUGAGGACACCACAUGAAACCAAAGGUACCCGGGAAGAACCUACCAUACAGCAGGCUCAGCGUCGGUCAGCUGUCUUUUUGUCCUUUAAGUCUCCAAUUCCAUGCCUGCCCUUGCGCUGGGAGCAGCAAAGCAAGCUUCUUCCAACGGUUGCUGGAAUCCCUGCUAGUAGAGUUUCCAAAUGGAGCACAGAUGAGGUGUCAGAAUUCAUCCAGAGCUUGCCUGGGUGUGAAGAACAUGGAAAGGUAUUUAAAGAUGAACAAAUUGAUGGAGAAGCAUUUUUACUCAUGACCCAAACAGACAUUGUAAAAAUUAUGAGCAUUAAGCUGGGCCCAGCUCUCAAAAUUUUCAAUUCUAUUCUGAUGUUCAAAGCUGCAGAGAAGAACUCUCACAAUGAACUUUGAAGAUGGUGAAUUGCGAGUACCAUCAAUAUUCUGCUUUAAAGCUCAUCACGUUUUAUUCAAAGCACAAGGAUGGUUCUAACUCCUACGUGAGAAUUCUCCAAAACUCAAAGGAGCAACACUGUCGGAUUAUUUAUAUUCCUCCAGAGACAAUAUAUAUGAAUUCUUAUGAAAAUGCUUGAGCUUCUUACCAGUACUGUCUAACAACAGUCAUCUUUUGGUUCUGUUCACUGAGCUAAAUUUAUCUUUGUAAAUCUUUUUGAAGUGGGAGGAGGGUGGGGAAGGGGGGCGUCAUUAUUUAUGGAUGGGGAGGGCAGAAUAAGAACUUUGGGCAUUUUGUAAACAUUGUUGGAUCCUCUUUCAUGUACGCUUUCUUUUUUCAGUACUUUCAGAAACCUUUUUAUAUAAUUGAAUUUCAACUUAACCAAAUUCAUCAAAACCUGGCUAAGCUUAGCCAAUAAGACUGUUAAUCGGUAUUGUUUGUUCUGUGCCAUAUUUCGAAUUGCAGCAUUAUUCUAAGAAUGACUUUAAAAGUCAUAAUAUUGCCUAACUGCGUGUCAUCAUUUGUUGGGGCUGAAAGUUGUAAAUACUACUUUUUUCUGAGUCAGUGUUUUUACUUUUGCACGCAUUUAUGAAAUGUCAAACAAAUUACUUUUCACCAGCAUCUUUACUAUAAUUACCAAAAAAGUGUAUAUAAAAGAAUGGAAUUGAAAAAUAAAAUAUAUACACCUAAGUAAAUGAAGUAGUAUAUUUGAGCGGCAUCAGUCUCAGACAUCAUGGUGCCCGUGUGUUUACAGGAGUCAGGUGGCAUCAGAAGAUUGUGUAGUUAUGUUCCAGGGAAUGUUUGUAAGGAGCUUGAACAGUUUAUGAGAUUAUUAGGGGCUUCUCUGUAAAUGACAUGGAAGUAACUGUGGUGCUGUAACAGAAAAAGACUCAUCCUAUUGAUGGAAACACUUAUCAUUUAAGCGCUCCCACCUCAGAUCUCACAGUUCCUCCACACCCAAAGAAUUUCUUCAGGGUGGGCUGGAGAGCCAGUGUUUAGACCUUUCUGAAUACAAGUGGUGUGAAGGAGUAACACCAGCAGGCACAAAGUUGCAAGCACUCACGGGUCGGGAAAAUGAUUCCCAAAGCAACUAUUCAAGAACCUCCAUUGUAGAUUCAUUUUCCUAUGCCUUGAUUUAUAAGCAUUUGGAUGCACUUUAAAUGAAAGCCCUUGGUUAUUUAUAAACUGUUAGCUGGCAGUGUUUCUUUUGUAAGCAUGCACUUCUAAGGGAAAAGGUAAAUUAUUUUGUCAGUCUUUUGAUGUACUUUCUAAUUCCAAGAUUAGACAUUUAUUCAAGGACUGCUUCAAAAAUAGAAGGUUUGGGAGCAUGUUGUCGAAAUUCUGAAGAAAGUUUCACCUUUUUCUGUAGUUUAAUUUUUUCUGAUGUGCCAUAAUGGAAGUUUAUUAUCAGUCCUUUGCAUUUGUCAUGAUUCAAGGUAAAACAGGGUCCGUGACAUCUGCAGCGUCCAAUUCAUUCCUUUGCAUGAAUCUGCUAAAUAAGCUUUUUAUUGUUGUUUUGUUUUCCCUUUUUUUUGUCUUCAGUAUUUGUACAUUAACUUGCACUUGUUACAUGUAAUAUGGAUGAAAUAAAGUCUUAAUUACAGAUUCCUUUU